AUGGCGAAUAAGUUUGGAUUAGGUUCUUUAUCUUUAGAAACCAAAAAACCUAACACAACAGCGUGGAUAAAUAAAGCCAAACCUUACUUCCUGGAUCAAAUCGGAGACACUCUUCAAGGUGAUUUAGAUAUGAACAAUUUUAGCAUAACUAAUUUAAAGUCUCCGGAAAACAAUAAUGAUGCCAUUCACAAGAAAUAUUUAAUUGAACAAUUAAAUUUAAUUGAAGUAAAUAAAAACCAUUUAAACGAAAGAAUAGGCGAUGUGAAAAGAUUCUUCAAACGUCAACUAAAUAAUAAAGAUUUUAUUGAUGAUACUAAAUUACAACAAGAAGUAACAAGUUUAAAAAAUUUUAUUCAACAACAAUUAGUCAAUGUAGUAGAUAAAACUCAAUUACAAACUUUAGAUGAUAAGAUUACAAAGCAAAAAAUAGAUCUUAAACAACUAAUAGCCAAUAUUAAUCCAGGAAAACUUACAAUUGAAAUAACAUUUCCUAUACAGGUAAAAGUUGAUUCAUUAUUCUUCAGACAAAACUCAAUAUCAUCUAAUAAAUUUAACGCUCGUAAAGUUCUUCAGUUUAUCAAUGGUACAAAAAAUGUAGAAACUAAAGAAUUAGAAAUUAACGACAAAAACAACAAGAUUAGUCACUUACAUGAAAUUAAAACGAAUGGACAAUAUAUAGAUAGGAUUAGAAUGUUAAUCAUACCAGAUAAUGAAAAAGAUGAAUUUACAUUGAGUGAUUUUGAUAUGUUAUUGGAGACUGAAACUCCACCAUCAAUGAAUAUUAUUAGAAAUCCAGAACCACAAAAAAAAGAUAUAAGCAGAUAUCUUUUUUUACGAGCAACAGACUUUGAAUACGUAAAACUAUAUUUUGUUGAUAAUGAUAUAUUUACCUCACUCGAUAUUCAUAAAAGUCAACAAAAUCAAAAUUUUUUAAUAAGAGAUGAUGUAUUUGUUAAAAUAUUUGUCUCUAUUGAAAAACCAAAAUUUUCAGUUCAUCUGAAUAAGAUUAAUGAUUCGAAAGAACAAAUAUCAUUAGUAACUGUAACAGUUAAUAGUAAAGCAGCUAUAUCAGAAGUUCACUUAAUUUAA